AUGUCCGGUAUUUAUACGCACAAGAUUUACCGGAUCAAGUCAAAAGUACCAGCCACUAGCAGAAAAGUACUACCGGAUGGGGCAUUCAUUCUCCAUGAAAAAUGCUGGAAUGCAUAUCCAUACUGCAAAACUAUCAUCACCAAUCCCGAUUACAUGGGCGAGAACUUUCACAUCAAAAUCGAGUCAACACACAUAAAUGACCACGGCGAAACGGAAAACGCAUUAAAUCUAAAGGGUGACCUGAAAGAUCGUGAAGUGAUAAUUAUAGACAUUUAUGAUGACAAAUAUCUUAAAGAAUCUGACAUAACCGUUGAAAAUGACGUACGCAAGUUCAAAUCGAAGAAAACCAAUCGUGGCCCGCUUGUAAAGGAUUGGUAUAAGAACACGGAACCGGUGAUGUGCUGCUACAAAGUAGAAAUUUUGCCAUCGCAUGUAAAUUAA